CGCCAAUUUCACCCCAAUUUCUUCCUUUCUAGUACUUUUGGCUUUUUUUCUACACAUUCGUUCGCUACACCACAUAAAUACCAUGCCUCUAACCACUUUACCUUCACUUCCCGAGCCCAUUUUACACCUAAUUUGCAUCUAUCUCACACCCGAUCGCCCCAGCGUCAACGACCCCGAAAAUGGCCAAUCACUCACACUUUACCGCCCGAUAAUAAGCCUUUCACUGACCGCACAUGCCCUAAAUCGCAUCUCAUCAACCCAUAUCGCGACAAACAUGAGCCUGACAUGGGGCACCGUCCGCUGGGACCUCUUUCUCCGCACCGUCCACGAAAACCCAGUCUAUGCAUCCACCGUCAAGUACCUCAAGCUCAGCGAACUCAGCUUAGACGAGCAAGACUUGAUCAGACCGACAAAGUGGCAAGGCGGACCGGAAGAUCUCACGGAAAUGUUCAAAGUACUAUGUGGCUUGGAAACGCUCUACUCGUCGCACAGCAGGCUACUCUACCCCGGUUCUAUUAUCUAUCGCCUUACGUCUGAAGAAAUGCCGUUGUGGAAGACGCUCAAGGUCGUGCGAUUCGACCAUAUCAAUGUCUGGGGCGAGGACCGCAUUGUGCAAUUGAACCUGCAUCGGGAACGCAGAGAAGAUGAAGACGGCAAAGUGAGGAAGUACACGGUGAGAAAUGGACUGCUUACUGGCUCUCUGGCGCGCUUGAGCAUCCAGGAAUUUCACAAGAUACCGGAGGUCACGAACGUGGUUGUUACUACGCGCGAUUUCGAAGACGAUGGAGAUACAGAGGGGGAUGCGGAUUGGGUUGAUAGGGGUGCGGAGGAGGAUGAAGGAGAGGAGUGGAGUGAUGAUGAUGAUUAUGAGUAUGAGAGCGAGGAUAGCGAGUGGGAUUCGGAAGAUGAUAGCGAUUACGAGGAUGAUUGGGAGGCGGAGUAUGGAUUCAGUGUGCCUAGCGCUCAGUCUGUGAAGGAGGAGCUGCCGACGCCGGUCGUUGGUUUGUCUGCUCCAGGGAAGAGUUUGCUGGAUUUUUGAGGUGAAAGGAUGGGUGUGCGUUUUAUGUGGCAUAUGUUUUAGAGGGGUUCAACAUGUAUAUUAGUAAAUUUAUCUUGUAGUAGGUUUAAUCGACUGGACUUGACUAAGUCCUUUGUAAAACAGACACCUUAUUCGGUUCUA